GGGCUCCGCCAUGCAAGUUGAGGGCACGAAGUAAGGGCGCACGCUCAGCUCGCUCGCUGUUCCUCUCGGCCCCGGAUGUGACCGUUUGAGGGCGGGGCCUUACGCCUCUUGCUUGCUGGGGUUGGGCACAGCGGGUGAGGUCAUCGUGAGGCGCCGAGGAGGCGAUCGGGAAGCGCAGGGUCUCCUGUGCCAUGAUGGCUGUCAAGUGGACUGGUGGACAUUCUUCUCCCAUCCUUUGCCUGAAUGCAAGUAAAGAUGGACUAGUGGCUUCUGGAGCAGGGGGUGGAGACCUUACAGUGUGGAGUGAGGAUGGGACUCCAUUAGGACACAUGAGGUUCCCAGGCACUGAUGAUGUGACCAGUGUUGUGUUUUCCCACUCCUGCCCUACUAAUAUCUACGCCGCACACGGAGAAACCAUUAGCAUCCUGGAUGUCAGAGCCCUUAAAGAGUCUCUAGACCAUUUUCACGUGAAUGAAGAAGAGAUCAAUUGCCUUUCACUGAAUGAAGCUGAAAACCUCCUGGCUUCUGCUGACGACUCUGGGGCAAUCAAAAUUCUAGACUUGGAAAAUAAGAAAGUUAGCAGAUCCCUGAAGAGACAUUCCAAUAUCUGUUCCUCUGUCGCUUUUCGACCUCAGAGGCCUCAGAGCCUGGUGUCAUGUGGCCUGGAUAUGCAGGUGAUAUUGUGGAGUCUGCAGAAAGCCCGACCUCUCUGGAUCACACAUCUGCAGGAGGAUGAGACAGAAGAAAUGGAAGGCCCUCAGUCCCCCAGCCAGCUCUUCAACCCUGCCCUUGCCCACUCUGUCUCUGUGGCAUCAUGUGGCAACAUUUUUAGUUGUGGUGCAGAGGAUGGUAAGGUGCGAAUCUUCAGGGUGACAGGAGUCAAAUGUGAACAAGCACUGGGAUUUAAGGGCCACACUCUGGGGGUGUCCCAGGUCUGCUUUCUGCCAGAGUCGUAUUUGCUGCUCACUGGAGGGAAUGAUGCAAAGAUAAUGCUGUGGGAUGUGAGCUGUGGAAUUGAAAAAAAACAGAAGAGUCCUGCAAAACAGACCCACAGGAAGAAAACCAGGAGGGCAGCUAACCCUAAGCAGGCAGGGAGCCACACCACCGCAGCAGUAGACGAUGGGGAACAGCACGGCAAGAUGUCGCCAAAGGUGAGCAUUGAGCAUGGAGACAAGGUGAACUGGCUCGUGGGUACAAAACUCAAGGGGCAGCUAAACAUAUUAGUAGCUGACCAAACGAGUUGUGUAUCUGUGUAUCCCUUAAAUGAAUUUUAAACCCAAUAAAAACAUUUGAAGAACUGUGAUAAAA